AGAAACAUUUUUGCAAUAAAUAUGUCAACGAAAAUAAGCUCGAGCGAGUGGACAACUUGUAUAGACAGAGUUCAAAGAGAAAAUAAAGCAUUAUUCUACCUUGACACCUUUCUUAAUUCACUGUCGAUUUUGUCAGUUCGAGUUUAAUACUAGAAGUAUCGCCAUUAUAUGAAAGAUGUCGAGAAUGAUCGACUUGCCCUAUGAAUUAAUUUUAAUUAUUCUAAACUAUCUUCCGAGUCGUGAGUUAUGGCAAAAUGUACGCUUAACAUGUCGGUUCUUUGCAACGAUUAUUGCUGAUCAGAGCUACUGGAGACGAAAGUUAUGGAAAAAAUUUGAAGUCGAACUGCCAUCUUGUCACUUAUAUGGUUCAGUAUCCUCAUUAUCGUAUUGCUGUGCAAGAACGGAAGAGGAAACGAAACGGUGGAAAAAUGGAAAAUUGGGACGACUUAUCUGUGCGGUAGGACACGAUGGAACAGUUGAUGCUGUGGCAAUGAUGAAAUCAUCGGCGCAUAAGCGGUUGUGUGUUUCCGGUGCUCGUGAUCGUGCACUGAUCAUUUGGGAUGUAGAUACGAUAACUGACGGGGUAAGAGGCGAAAACUGGAAACUAUAUGAAUUUUCUGAAGCUCAUCAGGGAUGGAUAUGGAGCGUAUGCAAAGCAGAUACAGAUAUGUUUUACUCCUGUGCAUGGGAUCGUUAUGUCAAGCAGUGGCGAAUCGUUGAUGGGCAUCUUAAUGCGCUUUGUGAUGUUCAGAUGGGCUCUGCUGUGCUCUGUGUUAUAAGUGAUGGUACAACAGUUGUUUGUUCUACAUUUGGAAGGAGAGUAGUUGUUAUGGAUGCACGCAAUUCGUUGCAGAAAAUCACUGAUAUGCUGUAUCAUCGAAGUGCUGUUUUCGAUCUUGUUCAAAUGACAGACAGCAAUUACCUAUAUUCGUGUGGUGAGGAUCGACGAUUAGCAUGUGUAGAUAAACGCAUGUGGGAAGUUGUGAAUGAUUUAGAACUGGGAGCUUAUGCUCAAACUAUGUCAUUACGACAAGGACAACUACUUUGUGGAACCACUGACGGCAAGAUGCUUACUAUUAACCCAAGCGAUUUAACAAUUACCAACGAAGUGUUUGUUGGGAGUGGCGGUUUACGGCAGGUAAGAUUGAACAUUGGCAGCCAAAUGUGCAUUACGAAGGAUCGCCUGUUUAAAGUGUUUACUCCUGGUUUACGCCCCAGAUUGUUUGCUGAAUCAGAAGUUUUCGAUGCAGAACCAUCCAGAUUCGAUUAUUACGAUGAUGAUUUGGUCAUUGCUUGCGGUGACGGAUCCGUUUUUUUUUGUGCUACGUGAAAUACUUCAAUGCAAAGCAAUUGAUUGCGUGUCAAUUCAUUAGUCAUGCAAUUUUGUCGAGAAUUCUCUGUUCACCUUGUUUUUUUCCAGUUCUCUCCGAAAAAUUUGAUCCAUUGGAGCUUCGAAAUUUUUCUGGAAGGUAAAUUUGAGCCUUUUUAAGUGAUGUUAAUCAGAAAACUUAAAUAAUUGGAAGGUAAUUGUUACGUUUCCCAUAGAAAAUGCUUUGUUUAUUUUUGAUCUCUUAUUUUUAAUCGCGCCUUCAUAUGUCAUAUAAUUCUUUAAUGACCC